AUUAAUAGUAUUUUUAGUAAUUACCUCUAUAAUUUCGCUUUAAUUUAUAUAAAUAAUAUACUAAUCUUCUUAUUUAGGUUGAAAAAAGACUAUCUAACAAAAGUCCGUAAAGUAAUAGAGCAGUUAAUUAUAACCAGAUAUUAUUUAGACCCUAAAAAGUAUAAAUUUACUAUUAAAAGUAUAAAAUACCUCGGUUUUAUUAUUAAAAACGUAGGUAUUUAG